AUGUGGCUCACCAGAGUGCUCUCUUCGGCAACCUUCCUCGGCGCCAUCAUCUUCACCAUCCCGCUCGCCUUCGACAUUGGUGGGCGGACAUGUGGUCUCGCCUUUUCGCUUUCGCUGAGUAGCUACUACUUCGUCUACUCGGUGCUCCGUCUCUCCACCCCGGAGGGCUCGAGGUUUCGCUGGGCGUUGUGCAAGUUGAUAGCCUGGACACAGUGGAUAGCGAUACCGACAUUGCUGAUCUGGAGCUUGAACAAGUUCUCCAUCGACUCGGACAACAGCUCGGGAUGGGUGGAACGGACGUUUGGAGGAAAGCGAGCCCAGGACACGAGUGUUCAUGAGUGGAUAUUUGGACCAGAUGGAUUGCUGCACAGUGCUACCAUUGGCAGCUGGGACAAGAUACUGAGAUACAGCACCCCGGUGUUUCAGGUCGGAGAAGGCUUCUGCAGCUUGUUGGUCAUCCAGGCGGCCGGCCAGAUUACAAGAUGGGUUGUCAACAGGGAGCGCGGCGACAGCUGGAUGAUCGGCCUCCUCAUCUUUUCAGCAUCCAUCAUCUCUAGCUCCGUCUACUUCCUCUGGCGGAUUACCACCUUCCCCGAGAUCGGAAAUGUCGACGCUAUUCUCAUUGGUGUAGCCAUCACUAGUGCUAUAUUCCUCUGUGCAUGGGGUAUUGUUAGCGGGCGAGGCAACCCUGUGGAAUCCUCCCUCCUUUUUGCCUACGUAACGCUCUGCAUCUACCAAAUCUUCACUGACUACCAGCCCUCCCCUGGCUCGGCCACAGCCUUCGAAGCCUCCGCCGAGCCUGCAUUACCUCCUUUACCUCCCAUAAUAAUGGCGUCCUACACAACCCUCCUCCACGCCCUUGGCCAACUCCCAACCAUAAUACACACAGGCUUCAACCUCAUGGUCGGCGCCAUCAUGACCAUCACCCCCAGCGUCAUCAUCUCACUCGCCUACCGCGUCUUCGUCAUGUACGCCUCAGCACGCAUCAUUCCCGCCAUCCGCGAAAGCGGAGCCCGCGCCCUGUCCCAAGAACCCAGCCUCGACGACGACGACGAGGCCGGAAAAGUCCUGGGUCUCCUGACCUGGUUCAGCCCGAGCAUCCUCAUCGCCGUGUAUACCAGCCUGCUCAUGCAACACUUCGCCUCGUCGACGACCAACGUCAACGGCGGCGGCGGUGGGAUCGAUGGCGCAAGUCCCGUGGCGGGAGAAUGGUGGACUAAUCAGGGUGGCGACACGGGUGGAAAUUUCUGGCGGUGGAUUAAUCUAGCCGCGACCAUGGUGUUGUAUGCGAUUGAGCUGAAGAUUUCGAAGGAGGAUGACGAUGGGAGGUUGACUAGUCAUUGGAAGAGUGAUUGA